CUUGCACUAAUCUAGAUCUCAUGUCUACCAAGAACAAGAAGGCUGGGCCUACACAGGCUGAACUGAUGGUGCGUACGUGUUCAGAAAUUGUAGCCGAGUUAGUGGUUGCAAUUGAAGCGGGAAAAGAUAUCAAUUUGAAUGGGUUAAAAAACAGAGCCUCUCGUCGAAACAAGUUGCAACAUCAACCCAAGCUUGUAGAGAUUAUUGCGGCUAUCCCUGAACAACAUAAAGCUGCUUUACUUCCCAAGUUGAAGGCCAAGCCUGUCCGUACAGCCUCAGGUAUUGCGGUUGUUGCUGUCAUGUGUAAACCUCAUCGUUGUCCUCAUAUUGCCAUGACGGGUAAUAUCUGUGUAUAUUGCCCUGGUGGACCUGAUUCUGAUUUUGAGUAUUCAACGCAAUCGUAUACUGGGUAUGAGCCCACGUCGAUGCGAGCAAUUCGUGCGCGCUAUGAUCCUUAUGAGCAAUCGCGAGGCCGAGUAGAUCAAUUGCGUAGUUUGGGACAUAAUGUGGAUAAAGUGGAAUACAUUUUGAUGGGCGGUACCUUCAUGUCCUUGUCGGAAGAAUACCGUAACUGGUUUAUUCAGAAUUUGCAUGAUGCACUCUCGGGACAUUCGAGUAAUGAUUUGGAUGAGGCGGUGCGAUACUCUCAACAGAGUCAGACCAAAUGUAUUGGUAUCACGAUUGAGACGCGACCUGAUUACUGUUUAAAGCCUCAUUUGAGUCAAAUGUUGCGAUAUGGAUGUACGCGAUUGGAGGUGGGCGUACAGAGUGUGUAUGAAGAUGUAGCACGCGAUACGAAUCGAGGUCAUACGGUGAAGGCUGUGACAGAGAGUUUCCAGUUGGCCAAGGAUGCAGGAUUUAAAGUGGUGGCACAUAUGAUGCCUGAUUUACCCAAUGUGGGCAUGGAGAGAGAUAUGGAACAAUUCAAGGAAUACUUUGAAAACCCUGCCUAUCGAUCGGAUGGGUUAAAGAUCUAUCCUACGCUAGUGAUUCGUGGUACGGGAUUGUAUGAACUUUGGAGAACGAAGCGAUACCAAAAUUACACGCCGAAUGCUCUUGUGGAUUUGGUGGCACGUAUUUUAGCAUUGGUACCUCCUUGGACGCGUGUGUAUCGUGUUCAACGUGAUAUCCCGAUGCCUUUAGUCUCAUCAGGUGUGGAGCAUGGUAAUUUACGUGAAUUGGCCUUGACGCGUAUGAAAGAUUUGGGAACCGAGUGUCGAGAUGUGCGUACACGUGAAGUAGGUAUUACCGAGAUUCAUCAAAAGAUUAAGCCCGAUCAAGUCGAGUUGAUUCGUCGUGAUUAUGUGGCGAAUGGUGGAUGGGAGACCUUCUUGUCGUAUGAGGAUCCUCAGCAGGAUAUCUUGGUUGGAUUAUUGCGAUUAAGAAAAUGUUCGGCACAGACCUUCCGACCUGAAUUGACGAGUGCAGGACCUACCUCCAUUGUGAGAGAAUUGCAUGUGUAUGGUUCUGUUGUACCCAUGCAUGAUCGUGACCCUACCAAGUUUCAACAUCAGGGUUUCGGUACCUUGUUGAUGGAAGAGGCUGAACGUAUUGCUAAAGAGGAACAUGGUAGUGUCAAAUUGAGUGUGAUUUCCGGUGUGGGUGUAAGAGAUUAUUAUGCUAAACUUGGUUAUACUUUGGACGGUCCUUACAUGUCUAAAAUGCUGGAGUAAAAAAAAAAAAAUAACAAACAAAAUUAUUAAUCUAUCCCCCCUCCAUAAGAAAGGUCACACUUGUAAAUACAUAUUCAAUAAAAAGAUAUAUAUAAAAAAAAA